ACAUGCGCUUGUUAGAAAGACGCCUUCCAAGGUUCCCCUCCCUCGCACAACUCUGCUUUCUUCAUCUUCAAUUCGCAUUUUACAUAGCUUGAUCAUUCUUCAAUUCUAACCAACCAACACCACAAACCCCCCAUCCCAUCAACAAUGUCUCGUCGUUUUGCUACAUACGGUGGUGUCGCUGCUCUUGGUGGUGUGACCUACUACCUCUACAAUGCUGGAGGUGACCCGAAGCUUGCCGAGAAGAAGGCUGAGCACGAUGCUGCGACUGCCGCACGCAAGCUAAGAGGCGACUACCCUGGCCAGGACAAGGAAGCAAAGAAGGCUGGCGAGGAGGGCUACGAGGCAGUCCGCGCCAGCGCACAGCAAUACGCCGACCAAGCCAAGGCGGAAGCAAAGAAGGCUGAGCAAAAGUUCGAUGCCUACAGCGCUGAUGCGAAGAAGCAGUAUGAAGAGGCAAAGGCCCGCGCCGAGCGUGAGCUACACGCAGCAGGCAAGCAGGUCAACGCUGCUGCCAACAAGUUCGAUGCCGUUGUCGAGGACAAGGCCGCGAAGACGUCGUCAUGGUUCGGCGGACUGUUUGGUGGAAAGUAAGCUCGAAGUGUACAGGACCAGUAAUGUAAUGAUAAUGUAACAAGAUGAGCCGAAGCUUGUUGUCGAAAGUCUUGCAUGGCAUUGGAGUAUAU